CCUUUUCCUAGACUAAGUGUGAACAAUACUGGCCUGGAGACAGCAGACCUUGCAUGUAUGGAGAGCUGGUGGUCACCACCAGAUAUGAGCAGAAGGAGCUUUUCUGGACAUUAAGGGAAUUUACAGUAAAACAUAAGGACAGCUCAGAGGAACGCACAAUGAAACAUUUUCACUUCACCGCCUGGCCUGAUCAUGGAGUUCCACAGGGCACAGAGGUCCUGAUCCAGUUCAGAGGACUGGUGAGACAGCACAUAGAGAGAGAAGGGACUGGAGCACCUACUGUGGUCCACUGCAGUACCGGAGUAGGGAGGACAGGCACCAUUAUUGCCCUGGAUGUCAUGCUUCAGCAGCUUGAGAAAGAGAGAGCUGUUAGCAUCAACGCUUUUGUGCACAAGAUGAGGCUGAGUCGACCACACAUGGUGCAAACAGAGUCCCAGUAUGUUUUCUUGCACCAGUGCAUCAUGGACAGUCUGCAGCAAAACGAGAGGACUGAAGAGACCAUAUAUGAGAAUGAUGACAUGAUAUAUGCCAAUGCCACUGCACUCCAGCAGUUUCACAAAAGUAGCAACGCUUAACUAUAUUGUUUUCAUUUGUGCAACUCAUUUAAAAGCUAAUGUCAAAUCCUACAUGCAAAGUUUGGUUUGAAAUUUUAAAUGACAAAAGUUGAUGUUGUAUAUUUACUGUAAAUGGAUAGCACACUUAAGAUUUUAAUUUGUUUUCUUAUGUGUAAUAUUAGAAUGACUAUCAUGUGGGUGAAAAACACUCCUGAGGACAGAAGAAUGUUUUAAAAUUACAUUCAGAAACAAUGAUCUCAACUUGUACAAGACAUGAAAUAUUUUUUAUUAGAAAAAAAUAAAAUAGAUAAAUAGUACAGACUUUA